AGUUUCAGUUCACACUGAUCUCGGCGUGAGAGAGCACACGUAAUUAGCCACGUCUGCGCUUCCCGGAGGGUGCUGAGGAGUGCCCUUAGCUGUUGCACGAAAAUUCCAUCGAGGUGUUGAAAGCAGAUCCGUUUCAACCAGAAUUGUUGGAGCAGGCAAUUUGUGCAGCUCGAGUUUUUGCAAUUUUAUUUCUGUGUCCUUUACUGCCUGUUAGGUGUCUAAAUAUAAAGAUAGCCAUACUGUCCUCCCAGCUGUUUUUAGCUAUGCACAUCCGGCUUUUAUGUAUACAGAGAAGUUCCUUUUUUGGUUUUAUCCACUUUAAUAUCAAUACAGAAGUUUAUUGGAUGAAGGGAAAUAUUUUAAGUUUUUAGGUUGUAUAUGAGCAAGAAGGAGUUUUCAUUCACUCCUCCUGUGGAAAAAAUGAUGACCAGGACAGCUUAAUAGCAGGAAUACUGCGUGUCAUAGAAAAGGAGAAUGAAGUGGUCGUAGACUGGAGACCCCUGGAUGAGACUUUGGAUACUUCUAAUAUCCUCUGUGCUGGAAAGGAUUCCAGUUCUGUUGUGGAGUGGACUCAAACUCCGAAAGAAAAAUGUUCCCGAGGAGCAGAUCGUCCAAGUAGUUAUGAGGCAGAAUGGGACAUGGUCACCACAGUCUCUUUUAAGAAGAAACCUCAUUCAAAUGGAGAUGCUACAACUCAUGCAAACAGAGAAAGCAAGUGGUCGUUCCUGUUCAGUUUGACAGAUCUUAAAUCAAUCAAACAAAACAAAGAAGGUAUGGGAUGGUCUUAUUUGGUGUUCUGUCUGAAGGACGAUGUGAAGCUUCCAGCUCUUCACUUUCAUCAUGGAGAUAGCAAAUCAUUGAUUAAAUGUCUUGAAAAGCACGUUGUACUGAAUGAAUCUCCACAUGAUGAACGGGUUCUUCUUGUGAAGACUCAGAAGUCGCUGUCUCAGUCUUUUGAAAAUCUCUUUGAUGAGCCAUCAUAUGGCUUAUUACAAAAAUGGAAGAAAGAUCCAUAUGUAGUAACAAUGGGAAAAUUUUCCAAAGUCACAAACUAUAUUGUUGGUAGUUUACGUUCAAGUGAUCAAUCAAAUCAGAGGCGACCACCAUCAGAAAUGGCAGACUUUCUCAAUGAUACCAUUCCAGGGCUGAAGAUAAAUCAGCAGGAAGAGCCAGGAUUUGAAGUCAUUACACGAAUCGACCUAGGGAAACAGCCUGAAGUUAGUAGAAGAGAGCCUGUGUCAGCUGAAGAAUGGGCUAAGAAUAUGGACUCUGAAGGAAGAAUUUUAGAUGUUGACUACAUAAAACGAUUGAUAUUCAAAGGGGGUCUCUGCCAUACUUUAAGAAAAGAGGCUUGGAAAUUUCUUUUGGGAUAUUUUCCUUGGAAUAGCACUAAAGAAGAGAGAGCAAAUCUGCAAAAAAGGAAAACGGAUGAAUAUUUCAGGAUGAAACUGCAGUGGAAAUCUGUCAGUGAGGAACAGGAAAAGCGAAAUUCAAGAUUAAGAGAUUACCGAAGUCUUAUAGAAAAAGAUGUUAACAGGACAGAUCGAACAAAUAAGUUCUAUGAAGGCGAAGAUAAUCCAGGACUGAUUUUGCUUCAUGAUAUUUUGAUGACCUAUUGCAUGUAUGACUUUGACUUAGGUUAUGUGCAGGGCAUGAGCGACUUGCUGUCACCUGUCUUGUAUGUUAUGGAGAAUGAAGUAGAUGCCUUUUGGUGCUUUGUAUCAUACAUGGAUCAAAUGCAUCAGAAUUUUGAAGAACAGAUGCAGGGUAUGAAGACACAACUUAUUCAGCUGAGUCAUUUGCUUCGUUUACUAGACAGUGGAUUUUGCAGUUAUUUAGAAUCUCAAGACUCAGGCUACCUUUAUUUUUGCUUCCGGUGGCUUCUUAUCAGAUUUAAAAGGGAAUUUAGUUUUCAAGAUAUUCUUCGACUCUGGGAGGUCAUGUGGACGGAAUUGCCUUGUCAGAAUUUUCAUCUUCUCCUUUGUUGUGCUAUCCUAGAAUCUGAAAAACAGCAAAUAAUGGACAAGCACUAUGGCUUUAAUGAAAUACUAAAGCAUAUCAAUGAGCUGUCUAUGAAAAUUGAUGUGGAAUAUAUACUCUGCAAAGCAGAAGCAAUUUCUAUGCAGAUGAUGAAUUGCAAGGAAUUGCCUCAAACAGUCAGUGAGAUCCUGGGGAUAGAGAACAGUUCGGUAGCACCGGAUUCAGACACUGGAGAGGAUGAAAGUGGAGCUGAGUUGAGUUGCCCGACGUCACUAUAUCAGAGUCUCUCAACCCCUGUAAUUGCUGCCAAUGGGACGCGGGACGGCGCUCAGCAGGCGGCCGAGACGCAGAGCCUGACGCCUGCCUAAUUACCCUUGGUCCCCUUGGAGAAAGACUUUCACUGAGCACAUUUUGUUCAAGCACUUGAGAGAUGGAUAUUUAAAUUUGGUGUUGAUUAAGCUUUAAGGUUGUAAAGAAAAUCUGUACUGUAAUGCUUUUGCAUUAAAGCUUUACAACAUGA